AUGACCACCAUGAACAAAAAAGACAACCAGGACAUUGAGGGAGCCGCUAUUUUCCACGAUGAAGGCCCGGAAAAAAACCACACGGACUACAAGCUGGUCGAUAAAGAGGUCGCCAAAUAUGCCACAGACACGGCUAUUUAUAUCGACGAUGCGACAAACAAACGAUUGCGACGAAUGAUCGAUAAGCGCAUCUUGGUGGUGAUGAUGUUCACAUACUUGAUCCAAACGUUGGACAAGGGGGCAAUGUCUUUUGCCUCAAUUAUGGGUAUUGUGGAGGAUGCACAUCUGGAACAUAAUCAAUACCAAUGGCUGACGACGGUUGUUUAUCUCGCAAUCCUGGUCGUUGAAUAUCCGGAAAACUGGAUUAUUCAACGGGUGCCAAUUGGAAAAUGGCUUUCGGCAAACAUCCUGCUAUGGGGUAUCUGCAUCACACUCAUUUCUGCGAUGAAGAACUUCACCGGACUGGUUAUUCUUCGAGCGUUCAUGGGUGCCUUUGAAGCUGCAUGCCAGCCGACAUUUGUUAUUCUGUCUGCCACCUGGUACCAGCGAGAAGAGCAGGGAAGUGUCAUCAACUACUGGUACAUGAUGAAUGGACUCCAGAAUAUUGUCGGUGGUCUCUUGGCUUUCGGAUUCUCUUUUGUGCCCUCUUGGUCUCCGCUCAAAUCGUGGGAAGCGAUGUUCAUGACAUACGGUCUCAUCACGGUGAUCUGGGCAGUGUUCGUGUAUUUCUGGAUGCCAGACUCACCCAUGAGAGCCAAGUGCUGGACUGAAGAGGACAAACAAUUGAUGGUAGAGCGAGUGCGCCAAAACCAGACUGGUCUCCAGAACCGACACUUCAGAAAAGAGCAGGUUUGGGAUGCAUUGACUGAUCCACAAUUAUACGCAUUUGCACUCAUUCAACUUCUGACGACUAUUCCAUCCGGUGGAAUUGGUGCCUAUGCCAACAUCAUCCUCAAAUCAUUCGAUUUUACUACUUGGGAAAGUCAGCUCCUCUCCAUGGUAAUUGGAGCGGUUACAACAAUCACCAUGGUCGUCUCUGCCUACCUCGACCGCAAAUUCCACCAAACUAUCUGGAUUAUGAUUGCUUCCGUUAUCCCUUCCAUCAUCGGAUCAUCGAUCCUUCUUGGAGUCCCUUUCACCCCAAGCAAGAGAGUUGGCAUGCUCAUCGCAUACUGGAUCUUCUACUCCUUCUUUGCAGUCUCCUCUCUCUCGCUCGCUCUGCUCUCUCGAAAUGUUGCCGGUCAAACGAAGAAGUCAAUCGUCAUUGCCUGUAACUUCGUAUUCUGGGCUGCAGGUAACUCGAUCGGCCCACAGGUGUUCCGCGAUAAAGAUGCGCCACGAUAUUAUCUCGCAUUCUCGAUCUUGCUGGGAUGCUUUGGUCUUGUCGUCCUCAUUCUUCUCUCCCUGAGAGUCUGGUAUAGCGUUCAGAACCGGAAGCGAGAUGCUAAGAUCGCGACAGGAGAGGUGAUUCCCGAUGUUAACUAUACUCACGGCUUUGAGGAUAUCACCGAUCGGGAAAACCCGCAUUUCCGAUAUGUUUAUUAA